CGCUGAGGAGAGAGCACGUUGUCGGCCUCGAGGGCGGAUUCACAGAAAGUGCUCCCGCUUCUCCCGUCCCAUGGAGGAGCCGUCGGGAACCUCUUCCAGGCAGCUUUGCCAGGAAAUGAUGACAGAACCAGAUAAAUCUGCUGUACAGCCUGAUGUGGACCUGGAACCUGUCAAAGAUGACAGUCAUCCUAUUUCACCUAAGAGGAGGUGCACUGUGUCCUCGCAGCCGGUGAUACAGGAAGGAGGGAGUGAACCCUCUUCUGAGGACUGGACCAUAUCCUUGAAAGAAGCAGAGUUCAAGGAUUUGGAAGAAGGGUUCAGAGUUACAACCGAAGCCCUGGAUCAGCAGUCUGACAACUCCAGCGGUGACGGCGAGGUUGGGCUGCCCUUCAGUUCCUCAGUUGAAACAGGAAUCGGUGUGAGAGGCUUUUCUGCUGAUGCAUCUGUCAUCCCAGUGAUCCCUACAUGGAAUGUGGUGUCCCAUCAGCUGACAGUGAGCCCACAGGAAAUGAAUGCUGAUAUAAAACGUCAGCUGAUGAAGGGAAUUCGGCAGUUUGGACGAAAAUAUGAAAGGAUUUUCAAACUACUUGAUCAAGUGCAAGGACCUCUGGAAGUCAAGAAACAAUUUGUCGAAUUCACCAUCAAGGAAGCAGCAAGAUUUAAAAGACGAGACUUAAUUAGGAGGCUGGAGAAGAAGCUGGAGGAAAUAACUGCCAUCUGUGUCGCUGAAGAGGAAGAUUUCUAUUAGUAUGUAUUCCUGCUACCACAACGAUCAGUGAGAAAGGAGCACCCGUUUGCUGUGCUUCAGAAUGUAGCAGGAUGUUGCUGAAGUCUCGUGCACAAGUUAAAGAAGUGUUUUCCAGAAGUUAAGAACAAGUGAUGUUUCUGUUAAUAAAAGUUGGGCCGUUGCCCUAAGAAUUGCUUUGAA